GUGCAAUUGUAGCUUGCAGCGGCACAUCGUUAUUCCUACUCUAUCCAUCCAAUUCUUGCCAUGAAAUUCUCAAAUUUGGUAGAAUGCUCGCUUCUUACUUGCCUUGGCUCUUAUCCCUUCCUUGCCAUCGUCAACUACAAGCUGGAUCCAAUGGAAGACUUUCGUUCCUGCAACGGCACUUGCUACUUCAUCCGCCGCUUUGGAACAGAGGCGUUGCCUGCAACGUCGCCAGCAAAUUUGAACCUGAACUGCAGCAAAUACAAGGACUGGGUGUUUCCCUGCAGCAACAACAGUACCUUGGCAAUACAGUUCCCAGUCUUUGUUGCUGUUGAGAACGGUCGCAACUUCUCAGCCGCCGCACCUAAUUUCUGGGGGAUAUCUUUGAACAUUCUUCAAGACGUCUUCUUGGACCUGAUCGGCAUGGUGACAUCAGUGACAUUAGUGACAUCACAGAGGAACGACUGGCCAAACCCAGCACAUGUCAACCAGACCAUUUGUGAGACGAAAAGUGUGCGGGAGAAGAUUGACAACCACUUGAAUACAGGGUAUACCAUCCCAAUUUACAAGCUCGGUAUUGCCGGGUGGACAACUAUGAAACUUUCGCAUGAUUGGUCUUUGCUGGCAGGUGUUCCAGAAAGAAUCACACUUGGGUUGGGCAUGGUUUCAUGGAUUUUUCAGUUGGUUGCAUCCUGUGCAGCAUUUUCUUGGGGCGCUGCUGCCGCGGAAGUUUUUGUUUCAAGAGUUUACAGCGAAAACAACGAUGCUUGCUUUUACCUUCUGAAGCCUAUUGAAACCUUGACUGCACUGGGAACACCUCUCGUCCUCCUGAGCCUCACUCACUUCAAGCUGAAGAACUUGAUGCUGUCGGUGGUGAAUGGUGAUUUCUUGUACUACAAAACUUACGAUGUUCCAUACAGAGUAGUGGAAGCUUCGGCUGUAGGACACCCUUUACUGACCGUGGGGCUGCGUGGAGAUCCAGGUUGGCCGGCUGCACCAUAUCAGCAGCUGACCUUUCGCCACAUGUACCGAUUGGCCCAGGUCGCUGGUUUCCUGUUCCUUUCUUACACUUGGAGUAUGGUUUCGUUCAUUCUUCCAUUUGGCUUUGGAAACUUUUUCCUCCGCAUGACAGAAGUGGCCCUGAGCCAUGAUUUCUCUUGGGGCUUGUUUGGCUUGAUCAAGUUGGCCACUCUCGCAGCUGCUGGCACUUUUCUCAUAUGCCCCGCUGUGAUUGCCGUACUUGCCGCUCGUAUACUGAGCACGGAAUUAUCUAAAUUGGGAAAAGCAAUUUACUGCAUUUUCGCAAGCGUUCCUUUGAUUCUCUCGGCUUCCACUUCGGUUCGGGCCUGGGCGGUCUUCCGGGCAGUGGUCUGGCACCAAGGAACGGAUGGAGCGGAGCAGCGUUUCGAAUGGUACCUUUUUGGCACGCUGGCCGGGUACUUGGGUUUCUUCGGCCUAUUUCUGCUGGACUUAGGUCCUGCAACAAGACUCUUACUCUCAUACACAGGAACAUUUGCUUUAGAUGGCAGUCAACGAGAAAUGCUUCUGGACGGAAGUGAUGGUUUCACCUCUCAUGUCGAGCAAGUCCUCGAAAUGUUCAGCUCCCAGCCGGAGAAGGUGAAACAUCUUCGACCCCACGACACAGAGAGCCAUGCCCACCUUAACCAGCUUGAGACCUUUGAUGAUGACGGCUCCAGCAGUGGCACAGACGGAGUUACAGCCUGCUAGAAAAUGAGCCAAGAUUCUCCAUAGAUGGCUUUUGGCUGUGUCUUCUGAUGUGACAUGUCAGCGUCAACGGUGACGACGCUCUUGCGGCUUGAGGCAGAAAACAGGGUCCUGGUGCUUGUAGCAACAUUUUUCAGCUGUGGCUCCAAGGUGCUUGGUGGAGAGGAAGGAUCCGUGGAGGUAGGAAUUGGUCAGUUUACAACUUUCGGACCAUCUGAUCUUUGACAACAAUGGGUGGGUGCAUUUGGAUGCUAGGUCAGCAUCUAAACAUUCCAUAUCCUGAUUGAUAGCUGAAUAUCGUAAUCUCCAAACAUCUCAUCUAUUCUGGCAACAGUUUUGGAAAACCAUCUACCGGGGUGAAGUGCUUUGGAGAUUGAAAUGCUGCAAACCGAACCCUCGGGACAUUUUGUGAAGAGCAUUGCGAACUACAGACCAGACAAAAGUGGGGAAUCGUAUUGCUCGUUCG